AUGCAGGGGCUUAUUCAUCGAUGGAGUAAACCCACAAUUCUCGCAGCUCAUCUCGACAUUCUCGACACCAUCAUCUGGGAGAUCAAACAUAGCCAUAGCUUCCACCAUGCCCCUGCUCCAAUUCGCCCAGCAUGCCUCGACACUGCGAAGCUCUUCAGCGGUAGUGACGGCAACAUCACACAGUUCACUUCUGAUGCCGAUUUCCUGACACCUACGAGAAACGGCCUGCGCAAGGCUCUCGUCGGUGGUGGUCCAAGUGAACGGCGCAAAUGGUUUCAAGUUGCUGGCCAUUUGGGGAAUCAAGCCCGGCUCGUCGAAUCGGUUGACAAAUGCCUCCAGUAG